GCCUGGGCAAAAUGAUUUGGUUGACGUUCGCGGUCUCUUUAACUGCAGUCCUGCCCCUAUUCCUCUUGCAAAUUGUCAUCUCGCUAGUGAAAAGCAGACUUCGGUAAAAGUUAGUCCACUUGCUAUGUCAACGGAUGUGAUCCGUGUGUCGUAUUUACAUUGCCUUUUAAGUUUUUUUUCUGGACAUUCUAGGAUUGUUUAUUUUCCGCAUCUAGGCAUUGGCUUAACCUUCAGAAAAUAAUGUAGCCUAGUCUAGGCUACGUGACGAUGUGCGACUGUAAUUUUAAUCGGAGGAUCCGUGAUUUGCGCAAUGUAACUGCGUCCCUCUCCCUGUUCUCUGCUUUUAUGGACUCUAAACCAAUGUCGAGUACGUUCAUAUUGGAUGCAUAUAUUUUUAUUGACAUCGUGAUUGUGCAUGUCGUUGGAUGACAACCUCAUGGAUAUCCCUGAGUUUUAAGUGAAGUUUGGGCUAUGCAUUCAUUAGGAUGGGUGCAAACAAUGGGAAGCACUGUGAGAGUGAGGGUAAGGGAAGUUCCGGCGUCUCCUCCGACGUGAGCUCCAGCACAGAUCACACGCCAACCAAACCUCCUAAGAAUGCAGCUACCAGCGAAGAUUCUGACCUCAGCAUGCGGACCCUGAGUACCCCCAGUCCAGCCCUUAUUCUCGCUCCACAAACCAUUAUUCCUCACAAUGGCAACAACUCCAGCUCCUCUGUCUCUGGGGAAACGGUGGCCCUCGUCCACCCUCCUCCAGGACACCAUCACCUGGCCCCGGUUGAUCUCCUCCCAGACAACCCCAUCUUUCAGAUCUUCUCCCAUCUGUCCACCAACCAGCUGUGCCGCUGUGCUCGGGUGUGCCGCCGCUGGUACAACCUGGCCUGGGACCCUCGUCUGUGGGGCGCCAUCCGGCUGACGGGGGAGCUGCUCCACGCCGACCGGGCCCUGCGCGUGCUCACGCACAGACUGUGUCAAGACACGCCCAGCGUGUGCCUGACCCUGGAGACGGUGGUGGUCAGUGGCUGUCGCCGGCUCACUGACCGCGGCCUCCACGCAGUGGCGAUGUGCUGCCCAGAGCUGCGGCACCUAGAGGUAGCUGGCUGCUACAACGUGUCAGAUGAAGCUGUGUUCGAGGUGGUGUCCCGGUGCCCCAACCUGGAGCACCUUGAUGUGUCAGGCUGCACCAAGGUUACCUGUAUCAGUUUGGCUCAAGACUCCUCUAUGACUCCUCUGUCUCCACAACAUUGCCAGCAGAUCUCCAUCCGUUACCUGGACUUGACGGACUGCUUCUCACUGGAGGACGAGGGCGUGCGCACCAUUGCCUCCCACUGCCCGCGUCUCACUCACCUAUACCUGCGCCGCUGCCAGCGUCUGACGGACGAGGCUCUCCGGCAGCUGGCACUGCACUGUCCAGCUAUCCGUGAGCUCAGCCUUAGCGACUGUCGACUGGUGGGAGACUUUGGGCUUCGCGAGGUGGCACGCCUCGAGGGCCGUCUCCGCUACCUGAGUGUGGCGCACUGCUGCCGCAUCACUGAUGUGGGUGUGCGAUACGUGGCCCGCUACUGCCCACGGCUACGGUACCUGAACGCCCGUGGCUGUGAGGGGCUGACAGACCAUGGUCUGGGCCACCUAGCACGCAGUUGCCCGAAGCUGCGCUCCCUGGAUGUUGGCAAGUGCCCACUGGUGUCGGACUCGGGGCUGGAGCAGCUGGCGCGGAGCUGCCCAGGCCUGCGGAGACUGAGCCUGCGUGCGUGUGAGAGUGUGUCUGGACGAGGCCUGCGCAUGCUGGCCACUCACUGUCCUGAGCUGCAGCUACUCAACGUGCAGGAGUGCGAGGUGCCUGCAGAGGCCCUUCGGCUGGUGAGACGCCACUGCCGGCGCUGUGUUAUUGAACACACUAUCCCUGCCUUCUACUGAGCACAUAGGAGAAGGCACACAAACUCUAAUCACUGACAAAUGGAGGUUUUUUUUUCUCCCUGCAUGUUUUCUGACGUUGUUGACUAAGAUAAUGCAAAAGAAACCAAAGUCAAACUUUAUAUGGUGCAAUAUUUGCAUUUUAAUAAGGUGAUUACUGUCCUUUCCAUCUGUCUUACAAGAAUAUUCAGUGUAGGUAUAUUUAUGAAAGGGAAUAUUCUUUUUUAAAGCCAUGAAUUCAGAUCAUAUGUAAGCUGUUAUGAUACCAUUAUUAAUAUUUACUGCCUAAACAUUAUGGGGUGAGCAUUUGCACUUUACCUGCAUCACAGACAUGUUUGCAUUAGUUACUUUACCAGGGGAAGGUAUUAAAAAGAAGUUUCCGCCAAGUAAUUGAGGAAAUGUGAUGCUGCUAUGGUUUUUAUAUAUAAAAAAGGUUUGUUUUGUAAUGCUCUAAAGGAUGUGAUUCAGUUUCAAGCUCUAAAUGGAAGCACUUUUUAUUAAAAAAGAGAAGCUAU